GGGACGGUCAUCAGCGAUUCUGCCUUCACUGCUCUGAGCUCUCUGACUUUCACGCGCUCACACUGGCCGAGCGGGGGAAAGGAAAGAAAUGGAUUACCCGCCCCGACGUAAUCGAAAAGCCGCGGUCAAAUCCGAACUCUACUCAACCGUGGUCAUACACUCCGGAUCCGAAUCAGAGUCCGAUUCCGACUCCACCAGAUCGAAGCGUAAGCAGCGCCCGCCUCGUGAACAGGACCCUUACGCCACGAUGCUUUACAAGGACGGAGAGGAAGAAGACGAAGACGACUCCUCCCUCCCUCCUCUCCUCAAACGUCUCCCGAAGGACUUCGGCGGUGGAGGCGGCGGUCCGACCGACUUUGACGUCGACGACGAUGAAGACGCAGGAGGUUUCGGAACCAUGAUCGUGAAAACCGUUCGCGGACGUAACACUCGUGGUCAAACUUCUUCUUCGUUUAAGCCUCCGGCGGCGGCAGUGGUGAGUCCGAUGAGGGCAAGGAGAGAGGAAAUGGACGAUGAUGAGGAGGAGGAUGUGGAUGGCGAUGGGGAAGGUUUUGGGACUUUUGUGGUGAGAUCGACGGUAAGGAGCGAUAGGCAAGGGAGCGGGACUGUGGUGAGCAGAGCGGUGGCUAGUAUGGGAGAGCUGGGGCUUGGAAAACAAAAGAGAUCUACUUCGUCUGCGUCUUUGCAAGGGGAAGAGAAUCGGUUCUCGCAAAAUAGUAAGGUUUCGUCGAGUUCGAUUCCUGAUAGCCUUACCAGAGAGGAUCCUUCCACUAAAUAUGAGUUGCUCAAUGAGCUCGGUAAAGGAUCUUACGGGGCUGUUUAUAAGGCUAGAGAUAGAAGAACUUCAGAGCUUGUCGCCAUCAAAGUUAUUUCUCUAAGUGAAGGGGAAGAAGGGUAUGAAGAAAUUCGUGGUGAAAUUGAGAUGUUGCAGCAAUGUAGUCAUCCAAAUGUUGUCCGGUACCUUGGGAGCUACCAAGGCGAAGAAUAUCUUUGGAUAGUAAUGGAAUACUGCGGUGGUGGAAGUGUUGCUGAUUUGAUGAAUGUAACGGAGGAGCCUUUAGAGGAGUAUCAGAUAGCGUAUAUCUGCCGGGAAGCUUUAAAGGGCCUUGACUAUUUGCACUCAAUUUUCAAAGUGCAUAGAGAUAUUAAGGGUGGUAAUAUCUUGUUAACUGAACAAGGAGAGGUGAAGUUGGGUGAUUUUGGGGUAGCGGCACAGCUUACAAGGACCAUGUCAAAGCGCAAUACAUUUAUUGGCACUCCACAUUGGAUGGCUCCAGAAGUUAUUCAGGAAAGUCGCUAUGAUGGAAAGGUGGAUGUGUGGGCACUUGGUGUAUCUGCAAUUGAAAUGGCAGAGGGACUUCCUCCAAGAUCAGCAGUGCAUCCAAUGAGAGUUUUGUUUAUGAUAUCGAUUGAGCCAGCCCCGAUGCUUGAGGACAAAGAAAAAUGGUCUCUUGUCUUUCAUGAUUUUGUUGCUAAGAGCCUUACAAAGGAUCCACGUCUACGCCCUACUGCAUCUGAGAUGCUGAAGCACAAAUUCAUUGAGAAAUGCAAAUGUGGAGCUUCUGUAAUGUUUCCAAAGAUUGAGAAGGCAAAGCAAAUAAGGGCUGCAAUGGUUCAACAAGCACAAACUCUGGCUCCUACCAUUUCAGGACUUAAUCAGCCACCGGAAGGUUCACAGUUGAAUGAGGAUUAUGGGGAUACUGUUCCAUCAAGGCCUCAGAAUAUGGGUCUUGAAGUUGCGAAUGAGGCUCCUGCAACUGGCACUUUGAAGAAGCAUCACAUAUUAGAUGGUGUGGAAGUGACAGGAGAAGCAGGUGAGUUUGGCACUGUAAUAGUUCAUGGUGGGGAUGAGGUGCAGAAGUCAUUUGCUCGAAGUCAACUUCAAAGUGAUAAAGCAGCUUCAACUGCUCUUGAACAUGUUGAAAGCACUUUGAUUAAUGGCACAGGGCGCCAGUUAGCUGAAUCAUGGGUGGAUAACAGAAGGGGUGGUUCAGCAAACAAUACUACAAUGGCUUCAAUAUCUGUCAGUCCUGAACAGAAACUGAGGUCAGACAGUGUUCGGCAUGCGAAAGCAGAAGGUGGCAGUGAUAUCAGUAGUAGCACAUUGAAGAAUGAAACUGUCAGCAAAAAGGCUUUUGCUUUGCAAGAUAAGCUGUUUUCAAUAUAUGCAGCUGGUAAUACAGUACCCAUUCCAUUCUUGAGGGCCACGGAUAUAUCCCCAAUUGCCCUUUUGUCAGACAAUGUCCUUGGAGGCAUGCAACACGAUAGUAGGGGAACCGUGGCAGUGGAAGCACUGCAGGAACUUUUUGCUGGUGAUGGACAAUCCAAGAAAGGUCGAAGAGCACAAAAUGAGUUUAACAUGCUACAGAUGCCACUUCCUCCAAGUGUUUAUCAAAGACUCACCUCAAGUUCUACACUAAUGAAUCUGGCACAUGCCCUAGCUUACCACAAAAUGUGCUAUGAUGAGAUGCCGCUUCAAGAGUUACAGACAACGCAGGAGCAGCAGACCAUUCAAAACCUAUGUGACACACUAAGAACCAUUCUCCGUUUGUAGAUAGUUAUGUGCCUACAUUUUUGUUGUUGUUGUUCUUCGUUAUUCUCCUUUGCUUUAAGAUUUCGUAGGGCUAUGUUGUACAGGUCAUAUGGUGGCAAAAAUGAAAAGCAAUCAAUUUUCUUCUAUCA